AUGUUAAUUCCUAUGUUAAGUACACGACACAGUUAAUAGAUUUUUUUUACUUCUAGGGGAGGUGGCUUAAAAUAGGGAGGCGGUUACGAAAUCUCUAAGGAGAACUAUGUAUUUUAGCAGUGUUUAUGUAUUUUUCUCGUUUGCGACAUUAUAAUGUUUAAAGUUUGAAGUUGAAACCAAAAAAACUGACACGAAAAUUGUUCUUUUAUAAAUAAGAAGCUGGCAAUAUUUAAUUGGUCGUUUCAAACUCAUUUUUGUACCUUCAGUAGAAGAGCACAUACAUAUAUUAUUAACUUAAAAAAAGUACUUAAAAAGUGUGGUGGGUGUAAUUCACCUUUUAGGAGGGGCGCUUAUCAAAAGGAGGCGCUUAAAAGAUACAAAGCAGAAUCUGUUUAUUUUAAUUUUAGGUUUGAUAAGUUUGUUUUGUCUUUGCUUUGAAGAUUAAUUGUACAAAAAUAUUUUCUUAAGGUUUGAAUAUAUGUAAUACACACAAGUACAUGUGAAUGCUUGAAUGAGUCGGUUGCUGAUGGCAUAAAUAAACUUUAAAACCGAUUAAAAGUCUUACACGCCAUGUCUGAAGAAGUCAAAAUUUAAUUAUAAAAACGAGCGACAUAUUUCUGGGUCAUAUUUUUGCGAUGUAGAUGUCGCGUUUGGUUGCAUCUUGUGUAACUUCUAGAUGACACACAGACCUCACAUUUCGUGAUCAAUACAAACAUGGUUGCUACGGAAGAGGCAUCCAGUGAACCAAGGUUGGAGAAUAUUAAACAAUGUUGUGAUAAUGAUUAUAUCACAAGUUUAAACAUCAACACAAAAAGUUUAUCGCGGUCAUUAAAGGACGGUGCUAACGAUAACAUAAAUGUUGGUGGAGCGAUUGAUUUUGAAGGAUCAGCGGAGUAUUUAGACAACAACAAUAUAUCGCCCGCACGUGUACCAUUUUUGACAGAAGGAAAAGUUGACAAAACCAACAUGGCUAUUUGGUCGUCGAAAUCUGGAUUCAGAGAGGAUAUUAAUAAUUUCCAAUACAUUGAACAAAGAAAAACAAUUGUGAGAAGGAAUUUGAAGUUUCACGCGACACUGUUAUUUGCGUUGGCGGUCUUAGCUGCGUCACUCACGAUCAUCGACACGCAAGUUAGUUUAAAUUUACGUGAACAAAACAAGUAUAUUUUGGAUGCGUCACGUAAUGUUUCAAAAUUUAAUCUCUCGCAGAAUGUUUUACAGAAAGAGCGCGAGAAGGCAAAAAUGUUUACAGCAGUGGAUAUUGGUCUGAAAGCAUCCAUAUCUGUUUUAUCGAUUAUCACAUGUGCCGCAUUAUAUUUUUAUUAUCGGAACAUUUUUAACCUAAAAAUUAUAAGACAUUUUUACCCACCGACUAUGUCGAUCACUAGAGCUUCGCCUCUAUUUAAGAAUUAUAUUAUCGAAUGUUUUAUUUGCAUGCUACAUGUGCCGCCAUUUUUAACAACCCACGCAGGAUUCCCGCCAAGAUUACAGCUGGUGGUGCUGCUUCGUUUGUAUUUACUUGGAAGAUAUUUGAAAGAAAAGCACGAGCUCAUGAACAGCCAAUCAACGCGAUUUCUAGCAUCAGUAACAAAAACAGAAUUGACUUCUAUGUUUUUGUUUAAAACAUUCUUCAUGCAGUACCCGUUUCAACUUAUCUUGCUUGCCUACAUUAUAUUAUUGUUUAUUGGUGGAUAUACAGUUUGGAUACUCGAGCAAAGAUAUACGUAUUUGGACACUGUAUGGAUGUUAAUUAUCACCAUGACGACAGUUGGGUUUGGAGAUCUGACACCUAAAACCGUUCCGGGAAGGUUUGCCGUCGGACUGGCAGCUAUUGUCGGAAUUUUUUUAAUGGCACUUUUUAUUUCAUUGGUGAACGAAGCACUUAUGCUACAACGACGAGAAAAGAGGAUUUUAUCAUAUGUAGAGAAUCAAGAUCAUCACCGUCAACGCAAAACUGCUGCGCUCAAUGCCAUUGGUAUGUGGUUUAAGUAUCACAACUUUGUAAGGAAACAUUUCCCAUUGUUCCAUUCCACAGCACAACCGUUGAUUGGUCAAAAAGAAGAGAGAGUCAAAAGCUCAAUGUUUGCUGUCGCAAGAAGGAAAUUUUUGGAAACUCAAAUGUUUAAAGCGAUCAAUCAUUGGAGAAAAAUCAAAGAAUCACAACUUAGUGGCUAUUUCGCGCAAGAAUUCAUGGUUGAAGAUAUGAAAAACAUGAUGGUCGAUUUAAACGCAAAAGUGCUUGAGAUUGAAUCAAAGCUGAGUUACAUGGCUUGCAGUCGAGAGACUAUUACUGAAGAAUGCAAGUUGGGUUCGACGCCACCACAAAGUCAGUUAAGAAGAAGAAAUGGUGUGACGUCCUCUUCACCUAACAAUAAUAACAAACCAAACGAAACUGUUAAAAAGAUGCAGCCAAGAGAAGCACCUGUGGAAACACAAUGCCAUUCUAUUGAACUACAAGAAAUACAUCGCCCUCCCUCAUACACGCACUUCAGAGAGAGGUCGGACUCUCAAGCUACGACAAAAAAUGGAGACACGCCUGGCUGCUAUAUCAGCAACGGCUGCGCUGGCCGCGAUAAACAGCUUAUAACAACAAAAGAACUUAAAGAAUUUCUUACGGAAAAUCGUAACGGAGAACACAGAUUAGCAUUAAAUAAAAGCGAGCUACAAAUCGCAUUUACAUUACUACAAAAUCAAGCGAAGAUAAUGAGCAACGCUUUAGACGAUGUGUAUAGUAAAACCAAACAAGAUAUCGGCGAUCUGGAAAAUUUGAUAUCUAGUUUGUUAGUAUGUACGGACGCGGAAAGCGAACUAGAUUACAGACCUACUACACAGCUCAAGGUAUAAAGGUAUAUGCAGUGAAACAUUAGAGCUUAAACCCAACACUUAACGAAACGGUAGCUGACGCCAUUCCUACUAGAUAGUUUACUCGUGCAUGGGACACAAAACAUUGUAAUUAUUUUUUCAGAUCUUUUGUACGAAGGCUUUCAGUUGCAACAAUAAAGGGAAAAAGCAGUUAACGUUCAAGACAUAAAACCUGUUGUAAUCUAGAAUUUAUAUACAACUUUGUAGAUAAAUACAGAGUUUUAAAACAUUGUUGAUUCUGUAAAGAA